UCAACACACGAAGCGAACGAUCUUUCCGAAUUUCACAUGUAAUUUAUUAUUCUCCUUAAUUUAAUCUUUAAAAUGAAAUCGAUUGAAGAACUGGAACAAGAAGUUAAGAAAGUAGACAAAGAAUUAGUAAAAAUAGAAGCUGAACUAGCAAAAUUAAAGAAAUUACAACGAGAACUUCAGGAGAAGAAAACGUCAUUGAAAAAUUCUAUAAACAAACAAAAAUCGGACACUUUAGCCAGUGUUGAUUGGUCUGGUAACCACUACGAGUGGUCUGAAGAAGUGAAAAAGGUUUUGAAGGAUGUGUUCAAAAUAGAGUCAUUCAGGCCGAAACAGCUUAGUGCGAUUAAUUCUACCUUAUCCGGGCAGCAUGCGAUCGUAGUCAUGCCGACUGGUGCGGGGAAGAGCCUUUGCUAUCAACUACCUGCACUCGUGAAACCCGGUCUUACUGUUGUAAUUUCACCUCUAGUAUCACUUAUGGAAGACCAGGUCAGGUCACUAACUCUAAGGAAUAUCCCAGCAAAACUAAUAACUAGCACAAGUCCUAAAGACGAGAGUACCGCUGCGUUAAAUAUAUUAAAGGACAAAAAUUCUGAAGUUAAGCUAUUGUAUGUAACCCCUGAAAGAUUAGCAAAGAGUAAAAGAUUCAUGUCUAAUUUGCAGAAAUGUUAUGUUGAUGGUAGACUGCAAAGAAUUGCUAUAGAUGAAGUGCACUGCUGUUCCCAAUGGGGUCAUGAUUUCAGGCCUGACUAUAAAUUUCUUGGUAUACUGGCCAACAUGUUUCCAAAGACUCCUAUUUUGGGAUUGACUGCAACAGCCACAGCACAUGUUCUGACUGAUGUACAGAAAAUCCUUAACAUUUCUGGUUGCCUAGUGAUCAAAUCCACAUUUAACAGACCUAAUUUAUUUUACAAAAUAUUAGAAAAGCCUUCAUCACAAGAAGAAUGUUUGAAUAUUCUUGAAAAGCUGUUAAAGUACAGAUACAAGGGUGAAAGUGGAAUAAUUUAUACACAUAGCAUCAAGGACUCUGAAGAUCUAACUGAUGGGUUGCAUAAAAGAGGAUUGAGAGUUGGAUGUUACCAUGCAAAUAUGGAGGCAGCGGCACGGUCUAAAGUCCAUAUGAAAUGGCAUGAUAAAAGUUACCAAGCCAUUGUUGCUACAGUAGCUUUUGGCAUGGGGAUUGACAAACCUGAUGUGAGAUUUGUCAUCCAUCACACAAUAAGCAAAUCUAUGGAAAAUUAUUAUCAGGAAAGUGGCAGAGCUGGCCGGGAUGGGCAGAGAGCUGAAUGUGUAACUUUGUACCGAAUGCAAGAUGUUUUCAAAGUUAGCACCAUGGUUUUUUCAUCUGUUGGAAACUUAGAACAUUUAUAUGGAAUGGUGAAAUAUUGCCUGAAUGGAAGUUUAUGCAGAAGGCAGUUAAUAGCUGAACAUUUCGAUGAAGAUUGGGGUGACACAGAUUGUAAUAAAAUGUGUGAUAUUUGCUGCAAACUUAUGAACAAUGUCAAAGAAGUUAAUCUGCAAACUCAUUGCAGAACACUUGCAAGUAUCAUAGAAAAUGCUGAAAAACAAGAUACAAAGCUGACUGCACAAAAGUUGCUUGAUGCAUGGUACCUCAAAGGCCCUGUCAAUAUGAGACACAAGGGCAAAGAGCCUGAAUUCCCUAGGGCCUUAGGAGAAGAUGCAAUAACUUAUUUAUUAAUAGAAAAUUAUCUAGUUGAAGAUUUUCAUUUCACUGCAUAUUCAACUAUCAGCUACAUAAAGAAAGGACCAAACAUGGGUUUAACACAGGAUCCUGCUUUUGUUUUGAAAAUGCCUGUAAGGAAAUAUACAUCAUUUGAAAUAGAAGCACCAGCACCUCAAGAUUAUGAACCAGUUAAUCAAAACCAGGAAGAAAAUGUAGAAAAGAAAAGUAAAACAACUAAAAGAAAAUUAGAUUCAAGUAAUGGGUCAAAAUAUAAAAAAAUUAAGACCAUAGUUUUAGAUGAUGAUGAUUAAACAAAUAUUAUACUGA